AUGGCACCAAGCGCAGAAAUACUUGCUAAGCGUGCCAAGCAAGAAGCAAUCGAGCAAACGGCAGAGGAAAUCGUCAAUCAAAAAGUAUUACAACAUUAUGCCAAGACAGUGUACUUUAAUGACCUCGCAUGCAUUACAGUCCGCGUGGGCUCAGUUUCAUUGCAGGUUUUGAAGUACUUUCCUUACUUGUUGGAUUCAGUACAGUGCUGUUUCUUCGGCGCCAGCUACUUAUCGCGCUUUAUGGGCUUACCACGUCAAGCCGGUGACUUAUUGACUGAACAAAUUCCCUUUGGCCUCAUUUAUUUUGUUGUGUGUUGGAUCUCGGAUCGCUAUAUGAUGCGUUCUCAGGCUAUUGCGAAGCAGACAGCUGAUGACCUUCGUGCUGUACUGAAGGACAAGACAGCUUAA